UUGACUUGUUCUCCCCCUUCGUUAAGUGAACUUGAUUCUUUAGAAGAUGUAGACCUUUCUAGCAAUAAUUUAGCAAGCAGACAUUUACCUUGUGAAAAUGUGAACACUGAUACAUCCAUAGAGACACAUUGUGGUGUACAGGAAUCCCACAAUCACGUAGAGAAUUUAUUCUUGAGAGAAGGACAAGCUGCAUCUCCCAAAAAGUGUAAUUCUGUUCAAGAAGAGCUAUGUGAAACUGAACUAUCUGCUUUGCCAGCUCAAGAAGAUCAUCAUGUGGAGACUGUCAAAGAAAAUAGACUUGAAGAUCAAGAUGCUCAAAGUGAUCGUCAUUGGGAUGAUAUUUUUGACUCUGACGGCGAUGAAACUUAUAUUGAAAACCUUGACUCUCCUACAACAAAUGGCCCUACCCAGUUCCAAGGUCAAGAUGAUAGUAAGGAAGAUGAACCUAAAAUAUAUGAAUUACCUAAAACUGGAAGUAAUAGCAAAAACAGAACAGUAACCAUUGGGGAAGUGGAUGUUAAUAGUUCUGUCGUCAGUAAACAGAAGACUGAAAGUGAUGAAACUGACAUUGAAGCUACUCGUAGCCCUUACCAUAGCAAUGAUAAUGUAGUACAUCGACGUAAGGAUGAAACUGAGCUAGAUUCAGUUCCUGACUACCUUGACGACAGCUUUGAUUUAUUUGAAGAUGAGAAAUUUGCGCGGAGGUUCAUAAACCUAGUUCAAGCAAGGCAGUCACAAAUAUAAACCACAAUCAUGAUUUAACCACUGUUAAUUUUAAUAUGUUUGAUCCAUCCUUAUUAAUGGAAGACUAUACUGAAGAAGAACCCGAAAACAAGGCUUGUUUGUCCUCCUACAAGGACUUAGAGCAGUCAGAGGAUCAAGAGGAAUUUGGCUCCUGUGAGUUGUUUUCAGUCAAUUUUGACCUUGGAUUCUCUAUUGAUGAUGAUCAUUCAGAAGAAGAGAACCCUGAAAAGGUACAGCCAGAAAAUGGAAGUGUAGAAGAGGCCGGACAUUUCAAAGCCCCAAGCCCCCCCAGGUGUAUUAUCCGAGGAGGUGUUAUGUCAACCCCAGUGACCGUUGGGUUUAAAAGUUCUACCUUGGAAACUGAAACCUCUCCGGGUUCUUCAUUUUUAACACCAGUAAUCGAAAAAGUCAAAAACUUCAAAACUUCUCACAGUCCUAUGACUAGACAUGACAUAUAUACCCACUCUACGCCAGAGUCAGGGCUAUGCAAAAUAAAUUCACCUUUAGUGGAUAUGAAAAAAUCGGACACAAAUCCACCUUCGGCCAAGAAUAACCACCUUGUAAUCAGCAGCAGCCCCGAGAGUGAGGAUGAUGUUGUUUUCAGGCGGAAACGAAAAUUGGCAGCAGCAGCUGUCCUCAAGUCACCGGAGUCCACAAGCAGCGAGUGUGAUUUCGAAUCCCCACAGCCUGGAGCAAAAAAACGGAGACGGGAGCCUAGUACCAAUGCAAGCAGUGAUUGUGAUACGGACUCACCGAUGCCUGGAGCAAAAAAGUGCAGACGGGGGCUUAAUAGGGUAUGCUCAGAUGAUGAAGACCUAGAGCCCCCUUCAGUUGCUCAUAAAUCUAGAGUUCAGCAUGGGGUGUACCAGAAAGAUGCAAGAAGACCUAAGCACAAGGGCAAGCGGCAUGCAGCCAGGCAGUUUCUUGAUGAAGAGGCUGAACUGUCCUCAGAAGAAGCAGAGAAUGUAUCGUCAGAUGAAAGUGUCGAGUCUGACAAUGCACAGGACACAUCUUUGGUGGAGUUCCUCAAUGACAACACUCAGCUGUCCCAGGCCUUAAAUGACUCUGAGAUGCACGGAAUAUAUAUGAAAUCCAUACGCAGUCCAGCAGUUGGAAAUAAAUAUAAACUGACACAUAAGAGACACAAUUUGUCUGUGUUCUCCCAGAUUCCUGAACAAGAUGAGGACUACAUGGAGGACAGUUUCUGUGUCCAAGAGGACGAUGAAGAAGAGGAGGAAGAGGAUUCCAGCACUGAGGAAGUAACAAUGGACCUCAACCUCUGGCAGCAGGACAGUUUUGUUGGUGGCCGUAGACAAUACUGCACCAGGCGCCAGCUAAAGCUUAAAGGUACAAAGUCAAAACAAUCCAAGGCCCAACCUACAGAAAAGAGGAGAAGAAUUAUCAUCCACAAUGAUUCUAGUGAUGAGGAAACCAAAGCUACUUCUGACCAGCAAACAUCCAAAGCCAAUACUUCAAGGAAGAGCUGUCCAGCAGUGCUUUGGCAGAAGAGGAUGCAUGAACUGACUUUACCCUUGAAGACUGUGGCUGCUUUGAAAAAUAUGGAAUACUUUGAUUUACCUUUGAAGGAUCGAUGCCAAAACAGAAUGAAUGCCCAGGCUUCCCUGUCCGAAGAGCUGGACUUUCAGACAGAAGCUCGGUCCUCAUUCAAUACCUCUAAACCUCGAAUUUCAAGUAGUAAUCUCUCUCCAGACAAGCUGGAAGAUACCUCUGUGAAAUCUGGCGGCGACUCUACGUGGAUGGCCUCCUCUAUGAAUGAGUCCUCCAUCGGGAAGGUUCUUGGAUCAGCAGUGAGCAGCAAUGGGCUCUGCAUCCUAGCAGACAGCCGGGAAAUCUCUUCUGGUCCUGAGGUCAUCUCCUGCCUGAAGAGCACUCAUGGGGUGCGGGUGGAAAUCUGCUCCCUGGGGGGCUGUGAUUACAUUGUCAGUAACCGCUUGUCUGUAGAACGGAAAUCCCAGUCAGAAUUCUCUAACUGCACAAACAGAACUAAACUGGCUGAACGGAUCCAACAUCUCCGGAGCAUGUUUGACCGGGUCUGUCUCAUCGUGGAGAAGGAUCGCGUGAAACCAGGAGAAACCUCUCGGCCCUGGCAGAGAACAAAGUAUUAUGACAGCACUCUGUCUUCUUUAAUCAGCGCCGGGGUCCAGGUCCUCUUCAGCUCCAGCCAGGAGGAGACAGCGGGGUUACUGAAGGAACUGUCCUCUCUGGAGAGGAGGAAGAACAUGGCCAUCGCAGUCCCCACUCAGGUGACCAACCACAAGCAAGAAGCACUGAACUUCUAUCUGUCUAUCCCCAAUGUCAGCUACAUCACUGCCCUCAACCUCUGCCACCACUUCAGCUCAGUCCGACACAUGGCCAACAGCUCUGUAGAUGUGCUCUCCACCAAAGGACAAGUGAGCCGGCAGAAGGCCGAGGAGAUCUACCGCUACCUUCAUUAUCACUUUGAUCCACUAAUGCAGCAGACUGGUGCCAAACGGAAACCCCACGUGUAG